AUGGCUGCCAGUUCCAAUAAAGUUGCCUCCACGUUGCGUGGUAUCCUUAGGGAACUGCGCCACCUUCAUCCUGACGAGACCAAACUCCAAGGAUCGGCAUCUGCCAAUUUCUUAUUGAAUCAGUUCCGUCGGCACGAAGUGACUGAAAAACAACACUGUAAGGCCAAUGAAGAGAUGAACCACCUGGCCAAUUCGUUUGAGGCCUAUCUUCGAGGUCAACGCUUGUGGGGAAACGUCCACGAGGAAUACCACACCAAAGGAGAAAGAUCGGUUGAAGAGACUGCUAGGCUGGUGGGAUUUAGAUUGCCCCACGAGCCCAAAAAAUAA